AUGUCAGCCACGCACUCCUCGAGGGCCUCCGGAUCCGCCUGGACCAAUACCAGAUCCGUCGCGGGAUCUGCGCCCUCCUACGACGAGCUCUUCGGGUUCGCCCCGCCACAGCCGCCCAAGGCCGUGCCGUCGCUCGAUAACAUCUUCGACUCGUUCAAGGACCCCGCCGCUUCCACCGCGUCGCCACCGCCGAAGCCAAAGCACUCGUCCAUGCCGGUGUUCGACAAGCCGAUCUACGACAACGACAUCCUCAGCCUAGACGGCAACGACACACGCAUGGGCCUCAUGCCGGACGGCGCUAUGGAUGCACUCUCCGUUGUGGUGUCUGGAUGCUGA